GGUUGCUAUUUAAGUCACUAUGAAAUCUUCGAAUCAAUUAUCGAAAAUGGUUAUGAAAUUGCCUUAAUUUUUGAAGAUGACGUGGAUAUGGAACGUAAUUUUACCGAUAUUAUGACUGAAGCUCUUCAUAAUGUACCUGAUGAUUGGGAUUUGCUGUACCUUGGCCAUUGUGGUGAGCAGAAGGGCGAAUACAUCGAAACCAAUUUAACCGUUCAUGCACUACAUAAAUCGUUGUUUGCACAGUGUUUACACGGUUAUGCAGUUUCAGCUAAAGGAACCAAGAAGUUAAUAGAAAAGCUUAACAUUGAUAAACCAGAAAACCAUGUCGAUGUUGAUAUAUCCAAUCUUGUCGUUGCCGGAGAAAUAACUAGCUAUUCUAUUCAUCCGCAAAUUGUUGUGCAGUUUAAUGGUGUGAAUGACCUAUCAGACGUUACGCCUGGUUUAAGAG